GUCACAAGAGGCAAAAUGAUAUCAAUUUGGGAUAAUUUGCGCCCUUUUGCUCUUGUCAUGUCGAAAGCUGCGGGCGUAGUCGCCACAUUGCCAGGCGGCGGUGAGCCGAGUUCCCCAGUGCAAAAGGUCUGGAAGCCCGAAUUGUAUAAAAUACAAUUGGACGCACCGGCCCCGCAUCCCGUGCGCUGUCAGCGGACUCUGCUUUUGCCACCGGCGAACAGCACCGCCGACGCCGUUGAGGAUAACAAUCAGGCAGUGCGCUUAUAUGGCAGCAAAUACCAUGGCGUGAUGGGUCACCUGGAAGCCGAGCAGCUGCUGGCGAACUCCAGCGAUGGCAGCUAUCUGGUGCGGCGCAGCCCCAAAGCGGAUGGCUACUAUACGCUGAGCGUUCGCUUCAACAAGCGCACGAAACACUACAAGGUCUUCUACAAGCCGGGCCAGGGCCACUAUUUGCGGGAGCAGGAUAAACACUAUGAGACGGUGCACGAAAUGGUCGCCGAUGGGCUAAUUAACUUUCACAUGCAGCUGCACGCCAGCCCCAUCAUACAGCAGAUAAAUCAGCAAACCAAAAAUUGCUAUCAGCAGAGUCCCUACAUGACACUUAAUCGUCGCAAGCUGCGCGCACUUUCCAAUGAGCUGGGCAAGGCCAGCGUCGCAGCUGAUGAUUGUUGUGAUACAGUUGCUGUCCAGUCGGAUGCGGAUGUGGCAGUGUCAGGCCAGAUCAGCCAGGAGACGCCACAGCAGCAGCAACAGCAGCCACAACAACAGAUUGCCGUCGAUCCCAUGCCGUUGGUAUAUGAAAAGCCGCACCAUUUCAAGGUGCACACCUUCAAGGGGCUCAACUGGUGUGAGUUUUGCGCCAAUUUUCUAUGGGGCUUCACCGCGCAGGGCGUCAAGUGCGAUGCCUGUGGGUUUAUGGCGCACAACAAGUGCUCGGAGCUGGUGCCGCCCAAGUGUGUCCCAGAUCUGAAGUGCAUACGCGGUGUAUUUGGCACCGAUCUGACCACCAUGGUGCAGCUGCACCAAUGCAACAUACCAUUUGUCGUCCGUCGCUGUGUCGAGGAGGUGGAGGCGCGCGGCAUGCUCCAGGAGGGCAUCUAUCGCGUCUCCGGCUUUGCCGAUGAAAUCGAUGCCCUCAAGCUGGCCCUCGAUCGCGAUGGCGACAAGACUGAUAUGUCCGAGGUGGCCUAUGGCAAUGUCAACGUCAUUGCGGGCACAUUGAAGCUAUAUCUGCGUCUGCUGCCCGUGCCGCUCAUCACGUUCCAGGCGUAUCCCAACUUUAUGGCCGCAGGUCGCAACGCCAAGCAAGCGGAACAGCUGCAGCUCAUGGCGGAGGCAGUGCGUCGACUACCGCCUGCCCACUAUAGUUGCCUGCAAUACAUGCUGGAGCAUCUCAAGCGCGUUGCCUCGCAUUAUGCCGUUAACAAGAUGAACGAGCACAAUUUGGCCACUGUGUUUGCGCCCACACUGAUUGCCACGCCCCAGCACAUGACGAAUCUCACGGAGGAGAUAUUCAUGCUCUCCUCUCUGAUCAUGCACUGCGAGACGAUCUUUGCUAGCUCCUGAGAAGCCCCCAAUUCGCCAGAACAAAAUCGACAUUGCCCAGCGAGUGAGAUAGCAUGUACAUCUCGCUUUCUCUCUCUUUCUUUAUCAUUCUCUGUCUCGUUUCAAUUCGUUAUCCAUGUGCGGAUUUUCGUAAUCCUUAAUUAGUUUACAAGUUAGCAAAGCCUUUAUUUAUUUAUUAACAACAUUUUGCCGCAUAUUUGUUGCGUUCACCAAAAAUUUAGACUCUAAGCGUAUUACAAUGAAAUUUUUGUAUUUAUAAAUAUUAUUAUUAUGUA